GACUCUUUCGAUUUUGAUUUAUAUGGGGACCUGUCUGUUGACCUCAACCAAGAAAUGACUUACCCUGAGGUAACCGUUAUUUUGGUACAUUAAUUAUUGACUGUAAGGUCUGGUGUCAAACUACCGACACUUUGAGAUUUUGUUGAAUUGUUCUAAUUCAAUGAAUUACUUUAUUCUUAGUUGAAAAAGCUCUAUGAAGAAAGUCAGCAGAAAAUUAAAGAACUAAAAGCUGAGGUUAGGUCUACAAGAUUUUGCAUUUGCAGGACUUUUCUCAGUACCUUGCCUUGUAAGAGACAUGUGUCUUGCAACAUUAGACUGUGUGAAUGGUUCUAUGAUGACAAUAAAAUAUCAUUGUGUCCUAUAUCUUUCAGAGUCAGAAAUUAAGAGAUGAAAACCUAAUACUGAAGAAGAACAUCUCAAGCUUAUACCUUACUGCACGAGAGGAAAUUAAAAGAAAAGAUGCCCAGAUCAAAACGCUUCAGGACAGGGAAGUCAGAAGCAGAAGAAAAUAUGUAGCAUCUCAGCAAUGA